CUUCUUUUUCUCUUUUCCCCUCCCGCUCGCCAUCGUUCUCCCCCUUCUCCAAGAAACCCCAAAGCCUCGUUCUAGGGUUUCCAUUCUCCAUCUCCGCCCCCAAAUCGAUCUCCGAUCUCAACUUCAAUCCGGUUAUCGAUCCCCAAUCCAUCGUUCCCGCUCUCUGCAUUCUCGAUCUUGGAAUUGAAUUCGAUUUUGGCGCUCUGAUACGGCCGUUCUUGUUUCGAUGUUCUUCGGUGACUUCGAUUUCACUCAUUUGUUGGUUGUUGUUUUGUAGAUUGUGAAAAUUGGCGCCGCAAAGGAGGUCGCAGCGCCACGCCGGCGGUGGUCAGAUGCAGCAGAGUAACGCCUCGGCGGCUGCGGCUGCGCUGCGCUAUGACCACCAGGCCGGCGGGGAUGCCGGGGAUGUCGUUAUGGCUAGGUGGUUGCAGUCUGCCGGACUGCAGCACCUCGCGUCGCCCCUUGCAUCCACUGACCAGCGAAUGCUUCCCAAUCUCCUCAUGCAGGGUUACGGACCACAGACAAUUGAGGAGAAACAGAAGCUUUAUAAGCUUUUGAGGAAUCUUAACUUUAAUGGGGAGUCAGGUUCUGAACCAUACACACCAACUUCACAGAGCUUUGGUGGUGGUGGUCCAAUGGAUGGAUUUUUUUCACCUGAGCUUAGAGGGGAGUUUGGAGCUGGGCUUUUAGAUCUUCAUGCAAUGGAUGACACUGAGCUUCUAUCUGAGCAUGUUGGCUCUGAGCCAUUUGAACCAUCUCCAUUCAUGCCUCCUAGGGAGUUUGAUGAUGACUUUGAUCCAGUGCCUGUUAGGCCACAACGAGGGCAAUUAGACAACAACAUCAGGCCAUCAACUAAUGAAAAAGAGAUUGUUGCCAAGGAGAGCAAUGUUGCGAAGAUUAAAGUUGUGGUUCGCAAGAGACCAUUGAACAAGAAGGAGGUAGCUCGAAAAGAGGAUGACAUAGUAAAAGUGCAUGAUAGCUCAUACCUUACAGUUCAUGAGCCUAAGUUAAAGGUGGACUUGACAGCAUAUGUAGAGAAGCAUGAAUUCUGUUUUGAUGCUGUCUUAGAUGAGAAUGUAAAUAACGAUGAGGUCUAUCGUGCUACUGUCCAGCCAAUCAUACCUAUCAUUUUCCAGAGGACAAAAGCCACAUGCUUUGCAUAUGGUCAAACUGGCAGCGGGAAGACAUUCACAAUGCAACCCCUACCCCUGAGAGCUGCUGAAGAUAUUGUUCGUUUGCUGCGCCAGCCGAUCUAUCAGGGCCAAAAGUUUCGGUUGUGGCUUAGCUAUUUUGAGAUAUAUGGUGGGAAGCUUUUUGAUCUUUUGGGUGACAGGAGGAAACUAUGCAUGAGGGAAGAUGGGAGGCAACAAGUAUGCAUUGUAGGGUUGCAGGAAUUUGAGGUCUCAGAUGUGCAGAUUGUUAAAGAGUUUAUUGAAAAAGGAAAUGCAGCUAGAAGCACAGGAUCCACAGGAGCAAAUGAAGAGUCAUCAAGAUCUCAUGCUAUUUUACAACUUUCCAUUAAGAAGCACAAGGAAGUCAAUGAAACCAAAAGGCACAAUGAUGGCAAUGAACCUAAGGGUGGGAAGGUUAUUGGGAAGAUUUCGUUUAUUGAUCUUGCCGGAAGUGAGCGUGGCGCUGACACUACUGACAAUGACCGUCAGACAAGGAUAGAAGGAGCUGAGAUAAACAAAAGUCUUUUAGCAUUAAAGGAGUGUAUCCGUGCACUCGACAAUGAUCAGAUUCACAUUCCAUUUCGUGGGAGCAAAUUGACUGAGGUGCUUCGUGACUCAUUUGUUGGUAAUUCGAGGACUGUCAUGAUUUCCUGUAUUUCUCCAAAUGCAGGUUCUUGCGAGCACACAUUAAAUACAUUAAGAUAUGCUGAUAGGGUUAAAAGCCUUUCUAAGAGUGGCAACUCUAGAAAAGACCAGACUGUCAUACCAUCUAGCAAGGAAUCAUCGACAGCGGCAUCAUCAUUUCCUAUUUCAACUGAAUUAGAGGAUCUAUAUGAGCAGAACCAAGAGGUUAAAAUGAUAGAGACCUUGAGGACGUAUGCUGAAAGUUCUUCAUAUACUUCUUCAUUUGAAGUUGACAGACAUUCUACCAGUGUCAUGCCAAAUUCCAUAUCUAAUGGAAGGGAAGAAAGUGGGGCAAUGCCUAGUUCACUUGAUAGAGACAGGGCUGACAUGAGAAGCAGCUAUAAUAGCACUUCAAGCCAUAAGUUAUACUCUUCGAGCCAGGUCUCUUUCAAUACACAAGAUGAAGAAAAAGUACCAAAAGUCUCUCCCCCUCGGAGAAAGAUCUCUAGAGAUGAGAAGCUUGAAAGGGCGAACUGGCCUAAGAAAACUAGUGGACAUGUAUUACUGACCACAAGCAAUAAGCAGCAACAGCAGCAGCAGCAGCAGCAGCAGCAGAUUCAGGACUCUAGACCGAAUAAUGCUGUGCUAAGACAGUUUGAGCAAGUACCUCCUCAGGAUGGGGAAAUCGACGCAAUACUUGAGGAAGAAGAGGCUUUAAUUGCUGCCCACAGAAAAGAAAUUGAAAACACAAUGGACAUAGUCCGAGAAGAAAUGAAUCUGUUGGCAGAAGUUGACCAGCCUGGUAGCUUGAUCGACAACUAUGUGACCCAAUUGAACUUUGUGCUCUCACGGAAGGCUGCAGGUCUUGUGAGCCUGCAGGCACGCCUAGCAAGAUUCCAACAUCGGCUAAAAGAGCAAGAGAUUCUGAGCCGAAAAAAAGCUCCCCGAUAAGUUGGUAUGUCUGUUAUAUAUAAAUGCAUUCUGUGCCCUUUGUAAUCAUUUCAUUCUUCUGUAUCAUUGUGGUUAUAAUAUAAACAUCAGCGUGAGGUCGUACCGAUUCCAGAGUGCGCAUCUCCAUUGAUAACAAGCCUUAUUUCCUAGCUGAUGCAAGGGUCCCAUUAAUUCCCAUGUUUGUUGUCGUGUGUUGUAAAUAUGGUUGCAAUCACUGCAGUCAUCAUUGAUGAGAUUGGGGCUUUUGUCAUUUGCCAUUCCAGGGUUUUUAGUUUUAGAUAUUGGCUCUACCGCCGCUGUUUUAUAUGUUGUGUAAUAGAAUAGCUCAGUUGCUGCUUGUUAUGGGCUUGUUUUUUAAGCAAGAUUUGGAAAAUGGAGGUCUGAUUCAUUAGAGUGAUUUUUUAUGUUAUAUAUUUUCUUGAUCGUGAAAUGAAAACACAUUGUUUUAUA